AUGCCUUCGAAUCUACCAUCGAGCUUCGCCUCGGCCGCUGCCGGCCAGAACUCCAGCCGUGACGCGAGAAGCGGUCGGCACGAUGGACGCGGAGUUGGCAGUGGGGAAUGGACAACUAGGGCUCGACGUGACGGCAGAGCUAACGGCACCCUGACCUUCCGAAGAUCCUCGACGACACCCGGCCACCCGUCCCAACCCGCAGCCUCGUCCGAAAAUGCUUUUCCCGCGACGUCCCUUGAAUCCGGGGCAGCGCCCCAGACGCCGGGAGCUGCGACGUACGACUACCCAGCUCCUUCACAGUACCAGAAGGAGUCGAUUCUUGGUGUGUUCAAGAACGGGGCGGCAGAAAUAGACGCUGCCAAUGUGUUUGAAUCGGGAUGGACGCCAGGACAAACAAAUGGAGGCGCUGCGCGGGGUUGGGGCAAGAGCAACAAUAACCAUAAUUCUCAGGACCCCGCUGCCUGUUGGAACACCCGGGGCGAUAGUCACCCCGUCGGCGUCAAUGGCUUGUCUGAAGAGGAGAAGGAGAAACAGGAGGGUAAUCAGGGGCCCGGACCGAACGGACGGAAGGCUUCUUUGUCGCAUGGUAGUGCUGCCGCAUACGGUUUGGCAUCGCCGUCGUCUGCCUCCAGACCUGGAACUCGGCGCCGAGAGACGACGGAUUCUAACCCUUUCGGCAACGGUCCGCUUCCGUCCCCGAGUGCGGCACGGUUUGCCCGCGGCGACGAGGCGUUCUUGUUCGGUCGCAAGAACAACGACGUCAAAGAGCAGGACCCCCCUGACGACGAAGGAGCGGGACAGUCGCAGAACCAGGCGCAGACUAAGGCACCCUUUGGAAACCUGACGCGCAGUAACACGACUGGUAACCCUAGCAUGGGUGCCAACCUGGGCUCACUUUGGGGUGCUUCCUCCCAAGCUUCCGCGGCCGGCGGCGGCGGUGGUGGUGGCGGUGGUAGUGGUGGUAGCAUGGGCAGUUUUGGCCAGUUCGCUCUCCCGACUCCUACUUCGACAAUUGGUACAGGUAGCCGUGGGGGAAGCCGCUUCGCCAAUCUUAUGACCAAGGAUGGUACAGACAACCCUGCCAACAAGCCGAACGAAGCCUCAACUCCCGACGCGACCCGAUCCUGGCGUUCUCGUCCCCGAACCGACACCGACCCCUUCGGAGGCGACGAUAAUCUUUCCGGCAGCGCAGCACUCGGAGGUGCUCAAGACACCAGCCCUCCCCCGAUCCCCAACCCCAGUAACAUAGGCAUGUUUGAGACGCCUGUCAAGGGUUCGACUGGCGACUUUGGCAUGUCUGGACUGAACCUUGGACGCCAAGCCGAGAACGAGCAAGGUCCUACGAGCCCGUCCGAGACGAACCCAUACCGCAGCCCCCCGACCGAGCGUGGCGAAUCCAAUGAAGAAGGCGGCACCGAGAAGCCCCAUGGCGCGGCAGUUGGCGGCGAGCAAAAUCCCGGGUUCAACACGAUGUCGUCACGCGGCUUCCCCACCCAUGCUUUCGACGGCAGCGAUCGCAGCCAGACCAGUAGCGCUGGCCCUCGAGGUUACGCAUCUGGCUGGCCUGUUCCCAUGUCUACUGGCACCCCAGACCGUGAGCGCGCUGGCUUUGGUGGUGUCUUUGGAAAUUCUUUGUUCAGCCCUAUGGGUACCGAGCUUCAGUCGCCUGGCUUGUCAAGCAUUGGCGCUGGUGUCUUCGGUCCAGCUAGUGCCGGUGGCCUCGGUGGAGCUGGCACUAUUGGUCGCAGCAAGCUAGGCUCCCUGUUCCCGCCCGCGAUGCAGGCCCAGAUGCAAGGUCACGAGCAGGAGAACCUGAGCGAUUCCCUGCCCGACCUUCGCCAAGGAAACCCUCUUGGUGCCAUCGGUCGCGGCAACUUCAACCCAGCGCCACGAGACACUGGCAGCCCGCUUCGCAGUGGCAGGGGCGGCGUGUUCGAAGAGAUGUUCCCCUCUGACCCUACCCGUUCUCACAGCGUUUUUGGUGGCUCCGAUCCCUCUCACCCUGGAGCUGCCGGCGUCGGCCACCCUCAGGCGUUCACUCCCGGAGCUACUGCUGGCGCUGAGUUCGGUUCGACCCCGGUUCGUCAGAUGGUCAUGCCCGAUCGUAUGCGCUGGGUCUACCUCGACCCCCAAGGUCAUGUUCAGGGCCCUUUUAGCGGCCUCGAGAUGAACGACUGGUACAAGGCCAACUUCUUCACACCUGACCUCCGCGUGAAGAAGGUGGAAGACUCUGACUUCGAGCCCCUUGGUCAACUCAUUCGCAGAAUCGGCAACUCGCGCGAGCCCUUCCUUGUUCCCCAAAUCGGCAUCGCCCAUGGCCCUCCAUCCCAGGCUGGCCCCUUCUCCCCGAGCGGCAAUACUGGCGUCAUUCCUCCCCUCAGUGGGGUGUUCCCAAGCUUUGGUAGAACGCUGACCGCCGAGGAGCAGAACAACCUGGAGCGUAGGAAGCAGGAGGAGCAGCAGGCGAUGGCUCAGCAGCGCGACUUCAUGAUGAGGCAGCAAGCCAUCACCAGACUGCAAAGUCAAGGCCCAGGUGGUGUCCCAGGUUCCUUGCACCACCAGCACAGCGCUCACAGCCUGCAGAGCCAACCUAGCUUCGGCAGCAUCUCGUCGCCAAUUGGUGCUCAUCCUCAACAGCCCCCUAUCGGAGGUGGUGUUGGCCCCACGUCCGGCUUCUUCGACGUGGCCGCUCAGCAAGGAUCGGCCCAGCCCCCUGUUGGCUCUGGACUUGAGCACUUUCGCGAAGAGGAUCUUGCCACGUUAAACCCGAGCGAGCGCCAAAUGCUUGCAAGUGUUCAGGCCCCGACUAGCAUUGCCGGCAUCUUCAAUCAGCAGCCUGUUGGUGCUCCCACCAACGACAACAAUCUCCGCAACAAUCUGCCAGCCACUGAGCAGCUGGACAAGGACGAGGAGGGAUUUCGCGAGCGUUUGAAGGAGUUUGAGGAUAUCCGUGCCGUGCGUGACUCCGAGCAAGCCCAAGAGUCUGGUACCAAGGCCACCCAGGAGGAUGCGCACCAAGAGAUUUCCGCCACAGCGACUUCCGAGGCAGCUGCCAAGGAGCACCACAAGUCAUCGGCCCCGGCAUCAAGGAAAUCAUGGAGGAAGAGCAGCAGUUGUCUCUAA